AUGAGGGCUGCAGGGAGCACCAAGUCCAAUGUCCGCGUGAUGGAUCUCACAAGUGCAGGAAUAGCCUUCGGCAAUACCAGCACACCUGCCGGCCCCGGGUCCAGCACGAACUCUGCUGGAACCAGCAUAAGCUCCAGAACUGUAGCCAGCGUGAACUCUAGGACCAGCGCAGUCACCAGGACUGGCUCCAGUGUGGCCAGUGAGACCAGCACAGCUUCCAGCGCCGCCCCUACCUUGACCCAUACUGGGACUAAUUCAACCUCCCUCGCUGUGCCCAGUGUGGCUGCUAGUGAGGCCAGCACAGUCGUCCACAGUGUGACCUCCGACGCUGCCUCCAGUGCGAGCUCUCCUGGGACUAGCACAGCUGCCAGCACCGCACCCAGUGGGACCUCCGGUGAGACCGUCACAACCCCCAGCUCUGGAUCCGGCAGGACCUCCACGGGCUCUGGCACACCUGCUUCAGCCAGAACACACACAACCUCCAGCAGGAGAGCAGCCACUUCAGCCAAUGCGGGGAAGCGCCGUGGGGGCCUGAAGCCAUGGGAAACCUUCCUCAUCACCUUGGCAUCGGUCUUAGUGGCUGCAGGGCUCUUUGCUGGGCUCUUCUUUUACGUGAGAAGUUUCCGGUCCCUGAGGAACCCCUUCCGCACAGCCCUCUACCGCCCCCAUGGCGCCUACACCGGCCCGGGCCACGCAGAGAGCCCCAGCAGGUUCUGGAGGAGACCAGCGGCCUCUGUGGCUGUGGAGAUGAGUGGGCCCUGAGUGGCCCUGAGCAGCCUCUCGCUCCUCUGGACUUCGCGUGGUCCCCGAGUCCGGAGGAGGGUGCUUCUUCCCUCCCACGCCUUUUUCAAAGGAAAAGGGGGGACGCACUGGCCGCCUACCUAAGAAGUAAAUACACCACCGUG